CGGGCCGGGCUGGGCACGCGCUGGCGCAGACCUCCGGGCCACCUGAACGCAGCGGUACGGGUGGCGGGGUUCUGCCGUGGUCUCCUCCGUCCUAACUGCAUCUCUCGCUGCCUCUCUCCGUGGCCUCCGCGCCGUGGUGUCGUCUCCGCCCUCGCUGCGCAGAUGUUUCCCGGGCCGUGGAGCUCCUCGAGCGGCUCCAGCGCAGCGGGGAGCUGCCUCCGCAGAAGCUGCAGGCUCUCCAGCGAGUUCUGCAGAGCCGCUUCUGCUCCGCCAUCCGCGAGAGAGCAGGAAAGUGGCGGCUCCCCGACACUGCUGGGCCCUCUGCAGGUGUAUGAGCAGCUCUAUGACACGCUAGACAUCACGGGCAGUGCAGAGAUCCGGGCUCAUGCCACGGCCAAGGCCACAGUGGCUGCCUUCACAGCCAGUGAGGGUCACGCACAUCCCAGGGUGGUGGAGCUGCCCAAGACGGACGAAGGCUUGGGCUUCAACAUCAUGGGAGGCAAAGAGCAGAACUCACCCAUCUACAUCUCUCGAGUCAUCCCCGGAGGUGUGGCGGACCGGCAUGGAGGCCUCAAGCGUGGGGACCAGCUGCUGUCGGUGAACGGUGUGAGCGUGGAGGGCGAGCAGCAUGAGAAGGCGGUGGAGCUGCUGAAGGCGGCCCAGGGCUCCGUGAAGCUGGUGGUGCGGUACACGCCCCGAGUGCUGGAGGAGAUGGAGGCCCGCUUCGAGAAGAUGCGCUCCGCCCGCCGGCGCCAGCAGCACCAGAGCUACUCGUCCUUGGAAUCUCGAGGCUGAAACCACAGACCUGGACCCACACCUGUCCCCUGUACAGUAUUUAUUGUCACCGGCACCUUAUUUAAAGAUCUUUGACCCUC